CUCGAGUCACGUGUGUGUCAUCGAUUCCUCUGUCACUGGCGUUUUCAAGAAGCAACUUCAGCUACGGGAAGUGAAUACGUCCAGCACUGCGGGGAUAAAGAACCUUUUUGUUUAGCAAACGUGAGCUGUUUUUGUGUUUUAUGACGGCUAUCUGCGGACGGUUUCUCUUGUUUUCACGCAGCGAGUAUGUCACUUUUCAAAGAAAGGCACGCAGCUAGCCGCGGUCCGAAGUAGCGUUUGUUGACGCAGCCGGUGUAGCUCAUCUGAUAGUUGCCCAAGUUGGACAGAUACGCAGAUCGCCACAAUGCACGAAGCCUACGAGCCGGUGCCGAUCCUGGAGAAGCUGCCUCUUCAGAUCGACUGUUUAGCGGCCUGGGAGGACUGGCUUCUCGUAGGGACCAAACCUGGCCAUUUGCUACUGUAUCGCAUCAAAAAGGAUGCAGGGACUAACAGAUUUGAAGUGACAUUGGAAAAAUCCAACAAGAAUUUCUCUAAGAAAAUUCAGCAGCUCUUUGUGGUGUCACAGUAUAAGAUACUGGUUAGUCUUCUGGAGAACAACAUCCAUGUGCACGACCUCCUGACGUUUCAGCAGAUUACCGUGGUGUCCAAAGCCAAAGGGGCGACCCUCUUUGCCUGUGACCUGCAGCAUUCUGACACAGGAGAAGCCACGUUGCGGAUGUGUGUGGCAGUCAAGAAGAAGCUUCAGUUGUAUUUCUGGAAGGAUCGGGAGUUCCACGAGCUGCAGGGAGAUUGUGCAGCACCAGAUAUUCCAAAGUCUAUGGCUUGGUGUGAGAACUCCAUUUGUGUGGGAUUCAAACGAGACUAUUAUUUGAUAAGGGUGGAUGCACGUGGCUCAAUUAAGGAGCUUUUCCCUACUGGAAAGCAACUAGAGCCCCUUGUAGCCCCUUUGGCUGAUGGAAAAGUGGCAGUGGGUCAGGACGACCUCACAGUGGUUCUGAAUGAGGAAGGUGUUUGUACCCAGAAGUGCGCCCUCAACUGGACAGACAUCCCAAUUGCAAUGGAGCACCAGCCGCCCUACAUCAUUGCGGUGCUGCCGCGCUACGUGGAGAUCCGCACCUUCGAGCCGCGACUGCUGGUGCAGAGCGUGGAGCUGCAGAGGCCUCGCAUCAUCACGUCCGCAGGACCCAACAUAGUGUAUGUAGCCAGCAACCAUUUUGUCUGGCGCCUUGUGCCCGUAUCUAUAGCAACCCAGAUCAAGCAGCUCCUGCCGGACAAACAGUUUGAACUGGCUCUACAGCUGGCGAUGAAAGAUGAUUCAGACGGUGAUAAGAGGCAGCAGAUCCACCACAUCCAGAACUUGUAUGCUUUCAACCUCUUCUGCCAGAAGCGAUUUGAUGACUCCAUGCAAGUGUUUGCCAAGCUGGGUACAGAUCCAACCCACGUCAUCGGGCUCUACCCUGACCUCCUGCCUUCAGACUACCGAAAGCAGCUUCACUACCCCAACCCUUUGCCCACACUGUCUGGAGCAGAGCUGGAAAAAGCCCACCUGGCACUGAUUGACUAUUUAACGCAGAAACGCAGCCACCUGGUGAAGCAGCUGAACGACUCUGAGCCGUCUACGCCAUCUCCCCUCGUGGAGGGGACCCCCACUAUCAAGAGCAGAAAGAAGCUACUCCAGAUCAUCGACACCACACUGCUGAAAUGCUACCUGCAUACCAACGUAGCCCUCGUGUCUCCCCUGCUGCGCCUUGAAAACAACCAGUGCCAUAUUGAAGAGUGUGAAUAUGUGUUAAAGAAGGCCCACAAGUACAGCGAGCUCAUCAUCCUUUACGAAAAGAAGGGGCUGCACCAGAAAGCACUGCAGGUGUUACUGGAUCAGUCUACGAAGGCGAAUUCCCCACUGAAGGGGCAUGAGCGCACAGUGCAGUACCUCCAGAGGCUGGGGACGGAAAACUUGGGAAUCAUCUUUGAAUUUUCUCCCUGGGUUCUAAAGAUCUGCCCAGAGGACGGCUUGAAGAUCUUCACUGAGGAUCUUACGGAGGUUGAGACCCUGCCCAGGGAUAAGGUGUUAAACUUCCUGAAGGAGGGAUUCAGGGAGCUAACCAUACCAUACCUAGAGCACAUCAUCCACGUGUGGGAUGAAACAGACCCAGAGUUUCACAAUGUUCUCAUCCAGCUGUACCUAGAGAAGGUGCAGGGGCUGAUGAAGGAGUACCUCUGCUCUCUCCCUGAAGGUGUGCCCCCAGUGGCUGCAGGGAAGGAAGAUGGAGAGCUGGGAGAGUACAGAAACAAACUGCUAAGUUUCCUGGAGGUUUCCUUUAGCUAUGAACCGGCGAGACUCAUUAGCGACUUUCCGUUUGACGGUCUUCUCGAGGAGCGAGCUCUCCUCCUGGGUCGGAUGGGAAAGCACGAGCAGGCCUUGUUCAUCUACGUGCACAUUCUGAAGGACACGCGCAUGGCAGAAGAAUACUGCCACAGAUAUUAUGACAGAAUGACUGAUGGAAACAAAGAUGUGUACUUGUCGCUUUUACGCAUGUACCUCUCCCCUCCGGAUGUGCACUGCCUGGGGCCCAUCAAAAUGGAACUGUCUGAGCCGCAGGCCAAUCUGCAGGCUGCCCUGCAGGUUCUGGAGCUGCAUCACAGCAAGCUGGACACAACAAAGGCAAUAAAUCUGCUUCCGGCCAACACACAAAUAUGCGAGAUUCGCGUAUUCUUGGAGAGUGUGUUGGAGGAAAAGGCCCAGAAGAAGCGUUUUGACCAGGUGCUGAAGAGCUUGUUGCAAGCAGAGUUCUUGCGGGUUCAAGAAGAGCGAAUCUUCCACCAGCAGGUGAAAUGUAUCAUUACCGAGGAGAAGACAUGCCGUGUAUGUAAGAAGAAGAUUGGGAACAGCGCAUUUGCCAGAUAUCCCAACGGGGUUGUAGUGCAUUACUUCUGUUGUAAGGAUCGCAAUUCAUGUCCUGCAGAAAUGUAAACCCCACCUAACCCUAACCCUACCUACACCAACAAAGACAUCGACCAACCGCCUCGAAGAGUCCAACCUACACUAGAACUCUGCAGCAUUUAUUAGCUGACAUUGUGAACGGUAGACGCACUGCCAUCCUCCGUAAAGACACACACAACCUUUUUCCGGAGUCUCAGUGGGGAUGGAGACCGGACACAGAUGGACACGGAACGCAGUUUAUAGGGCCUGCUCUUUUCUUUUUGCCAAAAGAAGGAAUAGUAAGAGUUGGAUUUUUCUUCUCUCCCGUAUAGAGCCCAACUGGAGAAUACAAAGCAUUAAUGGCCUUUAUUUUGUUAUUGCCUCUUUAAUAUUGCUUUUUUAAAAAAAAAAAAAAAAAAACUAAACUACAAAUGUCUUUGUCUUGUGUGUUCUGGCGGUUUUUCAGACUGUAUGAGGGUUUUAAGGUCCCAUUGCAACUCGGCAAGCAAACUUCCACAGUAUGGUACUUACAACUUAACUUUUAAACUUCUUUUAGAAUUCUGUGUUAAUUUGCCUGUAGUAAAUUUAAGAGAGGGAAUUAUUCAGUAGGGCUUGAUGCCUCAUGAAAAGAUAAAUCCUGUGGAAAAAAAUUUAAAAUGUGUGGCACUGAAACUGGAAAAGGUUUCAACAUUGAAGGAUAUUUUUUGGUCAGAAAAUGGCUGGUACUUAAUAUCUAUUAUACAGUGUCUGUUCAUAUGUAAAUGGUUUUCUGGUACAACUUUAUACGCCGAUGUGUAACAUGUAUAUAAAGUAGGACGUUUGGAAUUUACUGUUUUAAGGUUGCUUUAAUGUACAAAGAUGUAUAAAGACUAAUCUCUGGAAAGGUCAUUCAAAAUAAAAUAUGCAUGAGUCUGCUGUUGAA